AUGAUUCAUGCGUCUGUAGCUGCUCUCCGGAAGGCCCCCGGAAAAGUGCAGGUCCUGAUCAAGGAGUGGGAGUCCAAGUGUACGCUAAACAAGGCGUCAUCUUCCCGACUGGAGAAGGAGGUCGAUACUCUGAAGUACGAGGAAGGCGCGCUGCCACUGGGCAUCGCAUACAUCGUAAACUACGACGUUCAGGUCGUAGACAACGAGCCGCUGCCUCUUUGGCCCCAGCCCGCCCCCAAGUCGAGCAUCCUCCAGUCUCUGCGUCGCUCCUUCCGCGUCUUCCAACCCCGCCCUGUACGUGCGAUAGAACAGGAAGCUGCCCGCGUCCUUGAGGAGGUUGUGGCACGCUCCCUGGCCCGGCGCGAGGCGCAGUCUGCUCAGGCAUCCCAGGCCAACGAGGUGCCACAGGUCGCAGAGGCAUCGCUGACUGUGGCGCCACAAAAUGACACGGUCUCGACGCCUCUAGACAAUGGGGCACUGGCGCCUUCAGACAAUGCAGCAUCGGCGGUUGCUGUAGCCCCGCAGGCGGUGGCUACGCAGGACGUUGCAGUGGCGCCGACCACCGCGGCGCCCCAAGUCGUCGCAGUGGCGCCGGGCGUCACUGCUCCGCCGGUCGUCAAUGUCCCGCCGGUCGUCCAGGUCUCUCAGCCGGUUUCAGCGCCACAAUCGCAGACUGCCAUGGCGCCCCAGAUGGAGGUCCCCAAUCUGGACCUGGCGAAGAAGAGGCGCACGAUCGUGGUCAAAGACAUCGUUGUCACCGAGCUUGGGGAGCUCGCCGAUAAGCAGACGCGUAAGGUGCAGAGACUUGUGGACAACGAGGACGGCGCGCUGUUCAAGACGAUCUUCAAGACGAUAUCACUGGCGCUGAGGCAGCCAAGCGCUAGGUCCCAGUACUAG